GUGAAAUCACUUGCCCCAUUAAUCAUCCCUUAUCGCAUUAAAGUCAAAUUUGCACAUCUUCGGUUAAGUGUGCAAAGCUAAACUGUGAGGAGUUUUCGUCCGGCUAUUUGGAUAUUCUUUCUGUUUACUCACGACGCUGAUUAUUUCCUUAUCACCGGCAGUUGUUGUUCGUCGGUGAGUGGAUUUGUAGCGGUAUUGUCCGAUCGACCCGUCCAUCAGAAUACCCCACUUCCGCGAAUAAUUUGCGCAGACUGUGCAGCCAUCCAAUAUGAGCAAGUUCGUGCGAAAGGUUAAAAGUGCUGUCAAGUACCAUUACAGCGAAACGAGCUAUCCGCGCACCGAAAAGCAGCUGGAACGUGAACAAUGGCUUAUUCCGAAACUGAUCCCGUUCAAUCGUUACAUGCUGAUGCCGGCAGCAGUACUGAUCCAAGUUUGUUGUGGUUCAUUGUACGCAUGGAGCGGCUUCAAUUUGCCUCUCGAGGCCAGAUUGUACGGGUUUAAUGGAGCUACUGAUCGAGCAAUCGCUGUUAAUGUUUUCUACCUGGCCGUUGCCAUCUUCGCGUUGAAUGCAGCCUUCCUCGGUCCGUGGUUAGAGCGCAAUGGACCACGAAAAGGAGCCAUUUUGGGAGCUUGCCUGUUCUUCCUGGGGAAUUUAGUGACAGCGCUCGGAGUUUACGUUAACCAGAUGUGGCUGAUCUACAUCGGUUACGGUGUAAUCGGAGGUGCGGGCAUUGGUAUCAGCUACAUCUCGCCCGUGUCACCAUUGCAGAAAUGGUUUCCGGAAAUUCGUGGGGUGGCGGCUGGGUUGGCUGUGUGUGGAUUUGGUGCCGGGAGUAUCUUUUCGCCAUACACGCAGAACGCUCUGAUUGGUCCAGAUUACGCCGCCACCGGACAGGAAUUUCUCGGGAUCGAAUUGACCUUUGUGAUUCUGGGAUCGUGCUACUUUGUAGUCAUGCUGGUUUCCGCGCUCAUACUCCGUAUGCCUCCGCCUGGUUAUGUGGUAAAAGGAGUAACAGUCCACACGGUAAAAGGAGCGGAAAAACUGUUUGUCACCAAAGAUAAAGUAGAAGAUGAAACCGCAAAAACGGAUAAACAAGGGAUUGAGAUGACAAACAUCACGGGAGAUAAUCCACAGAAACCCCGCAAAUCGAUCACCACUGUUGUUCCGGAUUACAAUAAGCAUUUUUCUAUGAGCCUGAAGGAAGCACUGACAUCUCCUCAAUACUGGAUGAUGUACUUCACUUUUCUUGGAUCGGAAAUCACCGGUUUACUGAUUAUCUCCAAAAUCCAGAGCAUAGCGCAAAAUCAACUGAAGCAAUCAAAUGCCGUUUCCGCCGAUAUCAAUUCCGGACUGGGCGGGGUGAACUUGUUAGGGCGACUAUUGCUGCCCUUCCUAUCCGAUUUGAUCCAGAGUCGGAAAGCGCUGUUUAUCCUGUCUCUAAUAUGCCAAGCUGUGUGUCUGGGAUGUCUGCCUAGCGCCAUGGCAGCGGACAGUUUAGCGGGAGUAUUAACGUGCGCUUUCGUUAUCGGAUUCUUUUAUGGAGGCGGAUUCGGCUUGAUGCCGGCAUAUUUAGCCGACCAGUUCGGCGCCAAAAAUGUGGGAGCCACGCACGGCAUGAUUUUAACAGCGUGGGCCAUUGCCGGUGUGGGCGGUGGUAUGGUUUUCACGAAGUACGACUUAAAUUUCCGCUGGAUUCUUGGACCUGUAUUGCUAGCACUAAUUCUGGCGGUUUUCACUCCGACUAAUCUGCGCGACCGCAUGCUACCCCGUGUCGAAGACGAGCGCUUCCGGUUGCGCUUACCCAAUGGGCACAUGCUGCGUUUCGUGGGUGGGCGAUUCCAUGUGGUCAGCACGGAAGAGGAGGAGAACGAGUGGGAAGCAUACCUUGCCUCGCUAAGCACACGAAAACUUUCCAUCAAAGACAGUAGCGCGGAAAAAGCGGCAGAUGCUAUAUCUCAGAGUACGGUGGUAAAGGUGAACGAACGACAAAACGAAAAUGAGCUUAAGACGCCUGUCUAAUUACUCGCGCAUUCAGUUUGUAUCGAAGGGCUCAUGCGAUCUGUAAGCCUUAAUUAUGUGUAAGCUGGAAACGGUAACUGCAUUUACGGUAUUAAAGAAACUUAUCUUAU